AUGGUUUUUUUUUCGAUUACUUGUGAUUAUUCAUUUGGAGCAUUAAGUGGAAAAACUUUCCUAGUAGAUGUUUAAUAAUCUCAACCUAGAGUUAGAGAUUUAAAAGUAUAAUGCUACUUUAAUUAACUAGGAAUAAAUUAAAUAUUCGGUGGAGGAAUUAGAAAACUUUGAAGUUGGUGUUAUUUAUUAAGGAAAUCAACUAGAUAAUAUGGACUUCUUGCCUGAGCUUGAUAUGUAAGAAUAAUAUUCCAUUAAUGUUUAAAUAACAAAGUUUGGAGAAAAGUAAAAACAGGAUGAUUGUAGUAUGAUGUGA